GCGCCGCGGCGGGGGGAUGUGGCGAGCGUGACGUGAAUCUGUCCGCGUUGGAGCCGGGGCGGCCGUGGCGAGAGUGACGUGGCAGUGAGCGAGCGACGAGCGAGAUUCCCCGGUACAAAGCAGCAGCUCGCGCUGUCGUCGCUGCCGCCUUCGCCCUCGGGCUCGGAGCCGCCGGGCCGAAGCCGCCCCGCGCCUCGCCGCCCGCGGAGGGAUCCGUGAGCGGAGACAGGAGCCGGGCCGCGCUGCGCCGCCGCCCCCCCCGCGCCGCCGCCGCCCAGCCCCGCGCCGCGCCGCCAUGGGCCUCACCAUCUCCUCGCUCUUCUCGCGCCUCUUCGGCAAGAAGCAGAUGCGCAUCCUCAUGGUUGGUUUGGAUGCUGCUGGUAAGACAACUAUACUUUAUAAACUGAAACUAGGAGAAAUUGUCACCACAAUUCCCACUAUUGGUUUUAAUGUGGAAACAGUAGAAUAUAAAAACAUUUGUUUCACUGUUUGGGAUGUUGGUGGUCAAGAUAAAAUUAGACCUCUUUGGAGGCAUUAUUUUCAAAACACACAGGGCCUCAUUUUUGUGGUAGAUAGCAAUGACAGAGAGAGAAUCCAGGAAGCAGCAGAAGAGCUGCAGAAAAUGCUUCAGGAGGAUGAGCUGCGAGAUGCAGUGCUGCUUCUGUUUGCGAACAAACAAGAUCUGCCAAAUGCCAUGGCAAUCAGUGAAAUGACAGAUAAACUAGGUCUUCAGUCUCUGCGUAACAGAACUUGGUAUGUCCAAGCUACCUGUGCUACGCAAGGAACUGGUCUGUAUGAGGGACUUGACUGGCUGUCAAACGAACUCUCAAAACGCUAACUCAAACUGGAUGACUCUUUCACCAGGGACAUGUUUGAUAUAAUUGGUCUAGGCUUGUUACAACAAAAUUAGUUUGCAUCUUGGUUAUUACAGUAUCUGGAACUGAUUUGGGCAGGAUAUUACAGCGUUUCAACUUAUUUUGUUGCCAAUUAUUGUUUACCGAGCUACGUGUUGCAAAGGUAGCAAUAUGCUUGGGUAAAAAUAUCUCCUUAACUUGGAAAAAGUGUAUCUUCUGAUUUUAUUCCCCUUGUUAGUCUAAAUGCCUGAAUAUAGUUAUUGUGACAUCUUUAAAAUCUGUUCAGAAUACUCUUUUGAGUCCCAAUAAAUUAAUGUUUAAAAAAACCUUUUCUUUUCUCCCUGCUACUUUUAGUUUACUGAUGCCCUGUUUCAUUCCUCAGACAGUCUGCUGAUUUAAAAAUGUAGCAUUCCGUAUGUAUUUAUUUCUCUCCCUUGCCAAAAAGACUUCCUAAUACUGCUUGUUCCAGCCACGAAAAUACUCUAAAACACUAUUCAGAUCUACUGCACUGAGGAACAUUUUAUUAAUCCUUGGGUUCUAUCAGCCCAACUUGCCUUUGUGUGAAUUGGAUUUGAUGGGUAGAAUAGUUCUGUGCUGGUUGCAAAGAGCUCAUGUUGAGGUUGUUUUUAAUAUUCAGCAGAUUGUCUUCCUUUAUAUUGUAUCCUUUUUUUUUUUUUAUGUUGCAUGUUGCUUUUUGGUAUCGGCCUGACUAUUUUUGCCCAGUGUAUAAUAGUUCUGCUGAAGUUUUACUGUUUGUUGGUGAACAUAUCUUCAUAAAGAAAUUUUGGAAAAUUCAUCAAACUCAAUGGAUUAGUUUCUUCAUAACCCACUUGGAAUUAUUCCUAAUAAAAUGAUAAAAUGUAUAGUUCUGUGUAUGCUCUUGAUUGCUGAGAUAGUUAUACUUCAAGUUGUCACUUGUUCUUUUUCCAUAUACUGAGCUUUUCUGCAGCUUGAACAUACAUCUCAAAUUCUCACUUCUUUGGAGCUAUAUAGGAUAGGAGAUGCUAAAGGUGGGCAGUGAAGUUGUAUACAGUGCAGUAGAGUAGUUGUCAUCAGGAAUUCUAUAAUUCUGUAAGUGUCUUUUGAAGUUGUAAAUCUUAAAUUCCUUUUAAGAUGUCCUGAUAUGAAAAUACUAACAGCUACAAAAAUUGUAAUAAAACAAAUACAAUCUGCCUGAAAA